ACAAUGACAAUGACAUUUAGAAUUGAAAACAAUGUGAUUUAAAUGCGGCAUGUUUUUGAAAAAUAAAACAAAUUCUAAAAUUUCAUUUAACUGUUAUUUUAUAUCAAAAUGGCACAUAUAUCUUAUCCUUUCAAAAAAUCUAAUAAAGCGGUAUUUAAAAAACCUGGUUCUGCUAUCACACACGACGUAGUUCAUUGGAAAAAAUUAGGGCUACCGGUACUAGUAAAAGAAUUCGGUGCGAUUGACUGCCUGGAUUUCAGCCCUGUAGAACCAUAUUACUUUGCUGCCACUUGCUCCGUCAGGAUACAGGUGUAUGAUCCUAUUACAAAAGUAGUUGCUAAGAAUAUUGCUAAAUUCCAUGAAGCAGCCUAUGGUGGUGUGUUUAGAAAUGAUGGAAGACUAUUAGUAGCUGGCAGUGAGGAAGCUGUAGUCAAAGUAUUUGAUGUCCAGUCUAAGAAUGUACUACGAGUAUUUUCUGGUCACACAGGCCCAGUUCACAGGACAUACUUUUCCAAAGAUCAACUUAAAGUACUCAGUUUAUCCGAUGAUAAGUCAGUUUGUCUAUGGGAUAUUGCCACAGAAGAGAAAAUUGCUUCAUUCUCUGAACAUACAGAUUAUAUAAGAGCUGGUGCUCCAAGUCCAAUAUCAUCUGAUAUUAUUUUAUCGGGAAGUUAUGAUCACACAGUAAAGUUGUAUGAUGCAAGGUCCAAUGAAACAGUACUAACUGUUAACCAUGGUAGUCCUGUGGAAUCUACAGUCUUUCUGCCUUCAGGAGGUAUUUUUGUAAGUGCUGGAGGCACAGAAAUCAAAGUGUGGGAUAUAUUUAAUGGUGGAAAGCUACUGGCAAACAUUUCCCAACACCAUAAAACAGUAACUACAUUGAGACUUGCAAGUAACAAUAGCAGACUUAUGUCUGCAUCACUGGACAGACAUGUUAAAAUAUACGAUUUGUCAACAUUUAAAGUAGUACAUAAUAUAGAUUUUCCCAAUGCUGUACUUAGUAUGGCAAUAUCAGAGAAUGAUGAUAUAUUAGCGGUUGGUAUGAUAGAUGGGGUCAUCUCAAUAAGAAAAAGAGAACAGCCAUCUAAUUUGCAGGAUGAAAGAAAGGGAUUUUAUAAAUUUGCCCCAGAUCAUACGAAGACAUCAACUGUUGAUGUUGUUGUAUCAAAACAAAAAGGAGUAGCAAAUUCACAACCUGAUAAAUUCUUGAGGAAAAUGGAAUACACGAAAGCCUUAAAUGUAGUUCUGAAUACCUUUGUAAUUACCAAAUUUCCUGAGAAAACAGCUGCAAUAAUUCAGGAAUUACUCAGACGAAAAGUGUUAUAUUUUGCUAUGUCUGGUUUGUCAGAAAAUGCUAUUGGUGUGUUGCUAAAGUUUUUCAAAAAGAAUCUUGGUGAAACAAGAUUUACAAGAUUAGUGAUUGAUGCAGCAAAUGUUUUUGUAGAUGUAUUUGAAAAUCAUCUAAGUACAUUUUCAGAACAAAAUUUGUGGCUGUACACAUCAUUGCAAGAGGAUAUUAAAAGUGAAAUUGAUGUUUGUAAGAGGGUCUGUGAAUUAGAAGGUGCAAUAGGUAUGCUGUUUUCAAGUGCCCAAGUUAGUACAACUUGUGACAACUUAGAUUUAUAUGAUAAUUUAGUUCCAUCAACAAAGGCACAGAAAGAAAUAAUUAUUGAUGUUUGAAUAAAAAUCUACAAACAUU